AUGAAGCCUGACCGUCCAAAGCUUGCAAAGAAAUCAGGCAAGAAGCCCUUCUAUAAGAAAAAGAAAGCACUAGCUGCUGGAUGGGAUGAAUCCGAGGACGGUUCAAAAGAUGAAGGUGAAGACGAAGAUGAUGAUGCACUCUUUGCUCUUAUGGCUUCUGCAGAAAGCUCAGAGGAUGAAGAUGCUGAUGAGGUAAAACCUGAAAACCUUAAAGAAGAAUUCAACGAAUUACUUGAACAUUCAUAUACUCUAUCUGAAAAAUACAAAGCUUUGAAGAAACAGUUUGCCAAAUUACAACUUGAGCUGGAAAAAGUUUUAAUAGAAAAGAAUCAUGUACUUAAGGAGAAUAUUGCUUUGAAAGAACAAGACUCUGUUAAGGAAGUGACUUCUCUUAAGAAAAGAAUUAAAGUACUAAUAAAUGAUCUAUCCAUAUUCACUAUAGGACAUGAUAAUCUAGUUAAACUUUGUGGAAAUAAUCAUGAACUGUAUGAUAAAAGUGGACUAGGAUUUGAUAGUGAAUCAUCUUCAUCUAGUGAGUGCAUGUCUGAUAUAUCUUUUGUAUCAUCUGAGUCUGAUCAAAGCAAAUUUGUUGUAAACUGCAUCACUCAUCAAUUUUUUGCUCCUAGAACUCCUCAACAAAACGGUGUUGCUGAACGUAAGAACAAAUCACUUCAAGAAAUGGCGAGAACAAUGCUAAGUGAAACCUCUCUACCCAAGUACUUUUGGGCUGAAGCCAUUGAAACUGCUUGCUACAUUCAGAAUAGAAUAUCCAUGCGGCCUAUGAUGAAGAAGACUCCGUACGAGCUAUGGCGUGGAAGACGUCCAACUGUUGCGUACUUUCAUCCCUUUGGAUGCAAAUGCUUCAUUCUCAACACUAAAGACAACAUUGGAAAGUUCGAUAACAAAUCUGAUCAAGGAAUUCUUUUGGGAUACUCUACUCAUUCCAAAGCAUACAGAGUUUUCAACUCAAGGACGAAAGCUGUAGAAGAAUCCAUAAAUGUCAAGUUUGAUGAUCACUCAACCGAAUCAACUGACCGUUUAGAAAGAGACUCUCUAAACCUUGACCUUUCUGAUCAAGAAGAUGAGAUAAUCUCCAAAGAAGUUCAAUCCUCAGACAACUCACCAACUGUACAAUCCAUUGCUCCACCUUCAGGAAAUCAAGAACAGUCCGAUCAAGUCAUGACUUCCAGCGGUAUCUCUUUACCAAGGGAUUGA